AUGGCUGAAAAGGUGACAUUUAUGAAACUCAAGGUUGAUCUUGAGUGUGAAAAAUGCUACAAGAAGGUUAAGAAACUUCUCGGCAAAUAUCCUCAAAUUCGAGACCAAAAGUAUGAUGAAAAAGGAAACAUGGUGGCGAUCAUGGUGGUGUGUUGUAGUCCUGAGAAGAUACGGGACAAGCUUUGUUACAAAGGUGGAGGUUCCAUCAAAAGCAUUGAAAUAGUGGAUCCGCCAAAGCCCAAGCCCGCUGAGCCCGAGAAGAAAAAGGAGGCCGAAAAGCCCAAAGCCGCCGAGCCCGAGAAGAAAAAGGACGGCGAUAAGCCCAAGCCUGCUAAAGAGGCGGAGAAGCCCAAAGCUGCUGAGCCUGAGAAAAAGAAGGAUGCAGAUAAACCCAAAGAUGCAGAGAAGCCCAAGCCCAAGCCCGAAGGCGAGAAGCCCAAAGAGAAGUCUGAAGGUGAAAAGCCCAAAGAUAAGCCCGCGACGGCGGCGGCAUCUAUGCAGAUGAUUCCACAAAUGCCACCGCCAAUGGCGGUUCCGGUUGGGAUGUGUUAUGUCCCAUCAUGCUACGAGGGUAGGCCUGUAGUACCAUACGGUGGCGCGUACCCUCAACAGUAUGGUGGGCCCGUUCAAUAUUACGAUGGAUACUAUGCAAGGCCCGUUUAUGAUAGCUACGGCGGAAGCGGACCUUGUUAUGUGGGCCGUUGUGAUCAGUACCUCAGCGAAGAAAACGCAACAGGGUGCUCAAUUAUGUGA